AUGACUUUACAACUUAAAGGAUAUGGCCAUGUCAUCCUUUUUACCGGUGAAACAGGAAAAAAAGAGAUUAAUACCCUUUUUAACGGGUCACAAGAAAACAAUGUAUUGUUGUUGGGAAAGUGGGAUAAGAUGAAUUUGGAAAACAUGGUAAUGGUGUUGAAUUGUUUCUUCAUGGUUUCGGGUUUGAAGGUGAACAUUCAUAAAUCAAAAUUGUAUGGUGUAGGGGUUAUUUAUAACCAAGUAGAGGAGAUGGUGAAGGUUACUGGCUAUGCUCCUGGGAAAUUGCCUUUUAAAUAUCUGGGCCUUCCAGUGGCAGAAAAUACAUCUAGGGUUCGUAGUUGGCAAGGAAUUAUUGAUCACUAUAAAAAGAAGUUAGCCUCGUGGAAACUGAAAAUGUUGUCUAUAGGUGGGCGUUCCAUGCUUCUUUCCUCCGUUCUUGGGUCGUUGGGAUUAUACUUUAUGAUUAUGUUUCUGAUGUCGGUUCAAGAUUUAGUUAUUGCUCCUAAGGACCAAGGUGGGGUUGGAAUCGGUAGUUUGGAGUGUUUUAACUAUGCACUCCUUCAGAAGUGGAGAUGGCGUUUUCUCACUAAAUCGAAUUCCUUGUGGCGUAAGGUUAUUAUUGCACUUCAUGGUAAUUGUUCGCAUCCUCAUUUUGGUAGGUCUAGUCCUGGAAAUGGCGUGUGGGGUCGUAUUAUGAAAUCUUGGGAUAUAAUGAACGAUAAAGAUGUAAUUCCUUACUCUAUGGCUCUUAGAAAGAUUGGAGAUGGAAAUUCUACUGCUUUUUAG